CAUGCAUCGUUUCUCCAUUAAGCUUCAGCUCUUCAGCAUUUUUUCACAAAAAGUUCUCCACAUCUCGCCCUUCAAAUGAACUAGGCAUCGGAUUUCCCUCUCCUCCUCAUCUCCUUCUAGUUUCUACUUCUGUUUGAGCACAAGAAUUAGGGUUUUUAAGGCCCCAAGGGACGGAUCUUCCUCCGUCCCCUUCCGAUCAUGUCCUUACAGAGCUCUGUAAGGAGUUUGAUUAUAUGUCUGACAUAGAAGCUGUAAUCUGUUGUUUUUUUCAUUAUUUUUCUGUAAUCGGCGAGAGUUGGGUGGAUAAGGAUGAGCGUAUCGAUUACGGUGAUGACUCUGAAUCUCUCCGAUGGAGAUCUGCCGGCGGACAGCCCGAACGCGUGGGAGAAGAGGAGGGAGAUCUGCGUUAGCGUGAUCGCCAACUACUCACCUACCAUCCUCUGCACACAGCAAGGUUUGAAGGGGCAGUUGGAGUUCUUACAGCAGUGCUUGCCAGGUUAUGAUCAAUUUGGUAUUUCUCGAAAGGGUUCGGAGGACAUUAUUGAUGAACACUGUACUAUCUUCUAUGAUAAGGAGAAGGUUGAACUUCUUGAAGGCGGUACUUUUUGGCUGUCAGAAUCACCCUCUAUUCCAGGAAGCAUCUCGUGGGGAUCGUCAGCGCCCUGUAUUGCUACCUGGGGGACAUUCCAUCUUAAGAGAGUCGAACCACCGGGAUUUAGCUUCCAGAUUGUAAAUACCUAUUUUGAUGAAUUCAGUCCUCGUGCACGUAGACGUAGCGCCUUGCUCACAUGGCAGCACAUUGCAUCCUUGCCUCCAAACUUACCAGUUAUAUUUUGUGGAGGAUUUAACACGCAAAAGGAAUCUACCACCGGGCGUUUUCUUCUCGGGAGAUCGAGAGAACACGGAGUUGUUGGAGACAUGAGAGAUGUUUGGCCCAAUGCCCGUACCAGAAAAAACGUCUCACUCAUACACACAUACCACGGGUUCAAAGGAGACAAACAAGGAGCCGUUGAAUUUUUGAAAUUGAUAUUUAGGGCUCUCUGCCUUUGCUGGGAUCGUCAGACUCAGGACCUCCAUCUUGAUUGGAUUCUGUACAGAGGGCGCUCAUUAGCUCCAGCUUCCUGUGAGGUAGUCAAUGAUAAUAUUGAUGGCUUUUAUCCUUCUUCUCGCUAUCCUGUAUUUGCUGAAUUCACUUUGCCUCGCACGGUUAGGCUGAUUGAGACCCCUUCAGAGAGUUAAAAAUUGUUCAUUCUUUUUCUUGUUGCGGGGAUUUACAUAAAUACCACUCAUUUUCUUAUGUAUUUACAU